ACGACGUCUUUAUCCGUGUAUCUUGAAAAAUGAAGUUAUUUCGUCCCAUUUUGCGUAGGUGAAUUUCUUACCUAAAUGUGGUCUAAAUGUUUUCCAUUGCCUGUUUGUUUUUCAGAGUGGCUUUGCUGCUCUUCUUACCAGCUUGUAUUUGGAGCUCUAUGCCGACAGACCGUCUCCGCCUGACUGCUCUUAGGAAACGGUUUUCGCGGCCAUACCGUCAGGGGCGCUACUUCGGCUUCGGGACGUUAGGGGCAGAGAAUGUUUCAGACCAGAUGUCUUGAGCGUCACUUUUUUCUAUCGGUUAAAUCCAGCUUCCUUGGUCCAAAUACUCGUUUUGAUUUUGAAGACCAGGAUGGACUCCACCUCUUGUCAGAUCAGGAGGCCACACGCUGUGGGUACAUGGUCAUGAUCAAUGAUGCGGGAGACCUGUUGUUUCGAGCCUCAUUCCUCGCCUGUCAUGUCCAAACCAAGACUCUCAGAGACUUUUGGCUGCAUCUGUGGUUUGUGAACCUGCAGGCUGAUGGGAAGGUGGUGGCCUAUCCCUUCCAGCUUCAUUGUUCACUUCAGGGCCAGUUGAAACCCCGAGAGAUCGUCUGUGAGGAGAACUACAUGGAGGUUUCAAUCUAUCAGCCUGCCAUUGCUGUUACAUCUAAGACUGAGCGAGGAGCUGAUGGGGCCGCCGACCUUCAUGUGAUGUUUCACAUAGCAGACCUUCCCACACGUGAAGCAAGGAUCUUGUCCCUAAAAGAAGCUGCUGCUCUGGGUUACCACAUCUCCCUGCAUGGCUCACACCUCACUCUCCGCUGUCCCUACUCCUCCCCUCUCUCGUACUUUAUUAAGGAGAGAGGAGUGGAUUUAGAGAUCCUCAGAGCAACAGUCCUGUACAGACUUCAGAGUGACUUCCUGGCUGUUGACGUCACUGCUGCCUGUCCUCUGAGUGAUGCUGCAGCAGACAGGUCUGACCUGCUGUGGACGGUUCCCUAUAUUCUGUCUCCACUGGUGUACGGUCAGUUUAAAGGCAGAGGUGUGAGGGUCGGGGUGAAUGGUCAGCCUCUGAGUGAGUCUGAAUUUAGAGAAAGAGGGUUAAAGAUGGGCCUGCAGGAAGGGAAAGUGGAGGUCAGGAUUCCUAUAGGAGCCAACGGUGGAAACAUUAAGAGUGGUGUUUUAAGGGGAAAGUACAGCAAGGCGAUGUCGGUGGAUUUGUUCUUUAUGAGUCAGUGGGAGGAUGAGCGCUGGCCCCUCACACAGCAUCGGUCCUUCAGGCUCCUUCAGACUCCUCUCAUCCCUCAAAGCCUAUUUUUCACUGACAUCAAACUUCAAUCACACGGAUUGUUAGCUGUCACUUUGGGCGUCUUUGCAGCUGACGUCUCCCUCCAGAAACUGACCAUGGAUGGCGGCGGUGACCUUUUAACUUGGACCUACAGAAAUCAAACACAGCUAGAAAACGACCUCAUUGUGUCCAAACUCUCCCACUUCAAUGGAAGUCACUCCUAUCGGAUUAGUUUCCUGAUGUCGCACCCAAAAAUAAUCCCAGAGUAUAUAGGUGAAGGAUUUAAGACGUACAGCCUCUCCUUCACCUUUACUCUGGUUAUCUCACCCAGUGGAAGCGUGUUUUACCAUCAGGCCUCUCUAGAGCAAAGUGUUGAGCAUAAAGCUCCUGCCUCCCCUAAGCUUGAAGGGAAGUGCACAGAGAGCAGCCUGCUGGUGCUGCUGCACCACGGGGCCCAGGCCGGGCUGCAGUGGGAGCUUUUCCUCGGAGUACGUAAACUGGACUGGGAACUGGUGGAGAUGGCUGGGAUUAUGGUGGAGGCGGAGGAGGACUACCUGACUGUGGAGUUUCCGCUUCACAGCCCUGUGAUGAACCAUGGGGAGCUGACGUUAAAGGGUCUAGUAUCUGGAGUAGCAGUGUCGGUAGUGGAUGCAGAUUCCCUGAAUGUGAUGGAUCAUCUCGUCCAUGAAUGCACCUUCCCUGUUAGAGAAUUCCUGUUAUGUUUGCCAGAGGGGAGGAUGGUGGCAGUAGUUGACACCACCCACACAAUCCCACCCACCUCUCCAAAUCGAACCCGCCUGUUGGACCCUGGUUGUGUUCCCAUGGAGACAGACGGUGCCCGAGCUCUGUUCAGCUUCAGCGUGAACUCCUGUGGGACGACUGUAACUACUGAAGGAAGCUUCCUGGUUUAUGAAAACCAGAUCAGCUACCGUCAAGAUUUUCUCCCUUUGGAGGAUGCUCUCAUACACAGAGAUUCUCCGUACAGGCUGACAAUAAAGUGUCAGUACCCAGUAAACGAAAGUCGCACUGUUGAUUUUCAUCAUCCCUUUAACUCAUCUCUGGGUCUUUUACCUGCUCUGGUCAAACGCACACGCAGGGAGGCAGCAAACACAAGUCUCGGAAAAGGGAGGGCGACCUUCGAAGGAUGACCAACUCUUUAUCUAGUUUGGAUCACAUGGACACUGAUCUCCAAACUUCUUCUCUUACAGUGCUUUUUGAGUUUCUGCAUACCUUCAUUAAAUAAAUGAGCUCUGUGUAUUUUACAUUA